ACGACCAGGACAAAUCUUAUAGGAACAGUUGUGAAUCGUGAUUUGGAAUUUGAAUUAUGCAUAAAAACAUAAGGUAAGGAUAAGCAUAAAAAGGUAUAUUCAUGCUUGAGUAGAAUGUUUUUUGUUCUUGUCGCACCUUUGAAAUUUAAUUUACUUGAUAUAGGUCAAAUGCCCUGUAAAAAGACUCGACAUGCAUUGGUUGUGAAAGCUGGUUAUAGUUUGAUAUUAAACUGUACUUGCUUUGACAAGACCAAUGGCAAAUGGACUGGUCCAAGUAAGACAUCUUCAUCGGCUGCUGACCAUUACAUGCCAUACACUCUUGGAACAGAUUUGAACCCAAGCUUACAGAAGUCAAAAUACAUGAUUUUUGGUGGAUACGAUGUUAAAAAAUGCAAUUUAAAGAUUACUAACUUCAUGUCAGAUGACGAUGGGACAUACAUGUGUCAGUAUAUCAAUUCAUCAACAAUUUACAUAGAUGUAUACAACGUAGUUGCAACAAAUCAUCCUGAACCUCCUGCACAUGUGUCAGCCGUAUUGAAUUAUACCACUAUCGUGGUUUAUUGGCAGCCUGGAUUUAACGGAGGGAAUCCCCAAAGGUUUUGUAUUGAGUAUAGACCUGAAACAAAAUCAGAAUGGGAAGUUGUAGGGUCCAUAGCGCAAUCAAUGUUCACAGUGGACCAAGAGUUGAAGUUCACAAUUAAUCAUAUCCUAUAUGCGAAAAAGUAUUAUCUACGGAUGUUUGCUAGAACUCAUGUUGGACAAAGUAAUUACUCAAACAUCUGUAUUGUAGAGAUGGAAGACUGUAGCUGCAACUCCGAGAAAUAUACUAAUCAUAUCUGGCAGAUAACAAGUAGUUUGUUAGGAGGAAGUCUUAUUUUCACAAUUUGUGUGAAUAUUUAUUGCUUACUGACACGAAAAAAAACUGGAAUGGUUGUAGAAUUUCCACUUGAAGGUCAAUAUUAUGAAAUCGGAUCCAUCAAUGAUAGCAAUGCGAGUAUCCAAGGCAUACCAAACCAUAUACAAGAAGUAGUAACUAGUUUCAAUAGACCAGCUUCGCAAAGUACCAACAGUAAUGCAUCUUCUUUCCAAAACGUGCCCUCCUCGGAAAGUUCGGUACCCAGUCUAUCAAAUCUACUGCUGAAUGAAGACGGAUAUGAAAAUCCUUAUCAGACAAUUGACCAUGAAAAUAUUGAAUUGCAUUCAUAUAGUAUCAUAACGUCAAAUAUGUAUCAAAACACAACAAUUUUUUAUAAAAAUAUGCAAACUAACAAAAUUGAGCAUCCUAUUCAAAUCGAUAGAAAAAGAGAUCCUUGGCUAAUUAUUUACAACAAAAACUUUGUAAAUGCAUAAACAAGAGAACGUUUUUUGUUGUAAAGAUCUCAUUGCAGAAAAUUAAUACACUACUUCAUUACCCUUGAAGGCAUGGCCGUCUAGAACAGAACUGGUAGUAAAUUAACUCGAUGAACGUAUGGGAAUUAUAAACAUGGAUCCAAUUCCAUUCUUGAUGUACAUGAAGCAUUCGUUUAAACUCUCCUUUUUUUCCCUGAUGUCUAAGUCAU